AUUUUUGUUUGUUGUCUGGCAGUUGAAACAACUGUUCGUUGAGCUCAACAACGCUUUGUGUUCUUGCAUGCGCUUCUGCUUGGCCGCGACUGCUGCUGCUGCUGCUGCUCCUGUUGCUGCUGCUGCUUGCUUGACCGUCCGCCAGACUCGACUCCCACCAUCGCGCCUCGUCUCACUCGCAGCGUCAUCCACGUGCAUUGCCGCAUCGCCUGGCACGUCCAGCGCGGCCGCUGCGCCGUCUCGUUGCACAAGCGCCGCUGUGGCGAUUUUGGCGGGAAGUGCAAGUCGUGUUUCGCUUUCCUGCUUGCAAGCACAGCCGUUGCCGACAGGGACCUGCCAGCGCGCCGCAGCAUCCACUCUGGCCUCUGUUGCUCGCCACAGACUGCCUCCCGCAUCGUCUGCUGUGCGCCAUUCCAGCAGCCUUGUGGCGGGAGUUGCUCGCGUUUCCUGCAGCUUGUUCGCGGGCUUUCUCCCUGCUCGACAUCUGAGCUCGCUGUCACCGUCCUCGCCUGCGGCAUUUGCAGCACGACGCAAAAAAUACGCGUCCUCGUCCUCCGGCAGGUCCCGCUCGCGCCGAAGCGUCCAUAUUUACGACAAGACUUUUCUUGAUUCAGAUUCACAAGAAGCUCCUCCUUCAUCAUCAUCAUCAUCAUCAUCCAAUAUGGUUCGCGUCUUGAAUGUCGCCGAAAAGCCUUCGGUGGCGAAAAGCAUUUCCGAAAUCAUGUUUGGCGGAAGGCCUCCUUCGCACCGAGAUGGCGUGCCAGUCUUCACGUUCGACACCAAUUUUCGAAACCAGCCGUGCACGAUGGUCUUUACGUCGGUUGUUGGUCACUUGCUGGCGUCGGACUUCACAGCAGACUACAGCAAGUGGAACACUUGCGCGCCAGAGGCGUUGUUUGAGGCGCCUAUCGAACGGUUUAUUCCAGAAAAGCUCCGCGAUAUCGAAAAGAUGCUGCAGCGCGAGGCCCAGCGCGCGCAAUGGCUGGUUUUGUGGACGGACUGCGACCGCGAAGGCGAAAAUAUUGCCAGCGAGGUUGUCGCUGUUUGUAAGAAGGUCAAUCGCAAUCUCGUGGUUCUCCGCGCUCGCUUUAGCGCCGUCACACCUCGCGACAUCACCCACGCAUGCAACAAUCUCACCCAAGUUGACGGGCGGCAAGUGGAUGCCGUGGACGCAAGAAUUGAGCUGGAUUUGCGAAUUGGCUCGGCGUUCACGCGCAUGCAGACCCAGUUGCUUCAGCCGGCCAUUCCCGAAUUGAACGAGCUCAAAUCCGUCAUUAGUUAUGGACCCUGCCAAUUUCCCACACUUGGAUUCAUCGUGGAUCGAUACCGACGAGUCAAGGCGUUUGUUCCCGAAGAGUUCUGGACGAUUGUGGUCGCGUGCCCGUCGCCGAGCAGCGAAUCUUCGGCAGCAGCUGUCGCCGUGCCCCAAAAGCCAGGCAAAAAGGGCAAAGCAGCCAGCGACACGGUACCCUUUACCUGGGUGCGAGGCCAGCUUUUUGACCAUCCCGCCUGUCUCGUGCUCUAUGAAAUGAUACUAGAGCGCCCAGAGGCCACAGUUGUUUCUGUCGAGUCGCGUCCGACUUCCAAAUGGCGCCCUCUGCCCUUGUCGACGGUCGAGCUGCAAAAGCUCGCCUCUGUGCAACUGCGCUUUACGUCGGAUCACACGCUGAAAACGGCCGAGUCGCUUUACACCCAAGGCUUUCUCAGUUAUCCUCGCACAGACACUGACGUCUUUCCAGAAACGAUGGAUUUGACAGCACUGGCCAACAUGCAAGCCAACCAUCCCGAAUGGGGCUCGUUUGUCCACCAGUACAUUCUGGCCCGUGGACCCAACCCGCGCAAGGGCAAAAAUAACGAUGAAGCGCAUCCGCCCAUCCACCCCACCAAGCCGGCGCCGGCCAGCUUUCAGAAUGCGGACGAAAAGAAGCUCUACGAGCUCGUCACGCGCUCGUUUCUUGCGACGCUGUCUUCUGACGCUCAAGGCCAUCUGACCAACGUGGAGAUUGACGUUGCAGGCGAGCGCUUUCGCGCGAAUGGUCUGGCCAUUCUCGAGCGCAACUACUUGCUCGUCUAUCCGUAUGACGUCUGGUCCAACCACACCUUGCCUCCGUUCCGAGAAGGCGACCGCUUCCAACCCGCCGAAGUGCGAAUGGACGCUGGUUCCACAACGCCACCACCGCUGCUCACAGAGUCCGCCUUACUGACGCUCAUGCACCAGCACGGCAUUGGUACCGACGCCACCAUGCACGAGCACAUCAAGAAGGUGCUCGAGCGCAAGUAUGCCGAAAUGCGCGGCCAAAUGUUCUUGCCGACCAACCUUGGGCUCGGUCUCAUCGAGGGCUACGACAGCAUGGGUCUGGAAAUGUCCAAGCCGCACAUGCGCGCGCGUAUGGAGGCCGAGAUGCUCAAGAUUUGCAGCGGCCAGCAAACCAAGGCCCAAGUCAUCCGAAGCACCUUGGACCUGUAUCUGCCGGCCUUCAUGGAUGCAUGUCGGCAGCGGCGGAUGCUUGUUGAUGCGGUUCGAAAGAACCUGUAUCCCAAUGGUGACGGUGGUUCAGCAAGUGGUGGCGGUGGUGGCGGACACAACAAUGGCGGCGAUGACGACGACAACAGCUUUCCUCCGCCGCCAUCCCCUCCGUCACCCAUUCGCAGACCGGCAGCUCCUCGGACUUCCACAUAUCCUCAGUCAUCCAAUCAACCAACAGCAGCAGCAUCAACAGCAACAUCAACAGCAACAUCAACAGCAUCAACAGCAUCAACAACAGGUUUUCGAUGGCAGGCGCCCACAAACCCGACAGCCUCGUCGUCUUCUUCGUCGUACACACCUCCGUCCCAUUCCACCAACCGCAAUACCGGUACAUCGUCUCCUUUUGCGGUGAGUGCCCCACCGCCUGCGCCAUCAUCAGCUGCUCGCGGGUCUGGCAGCGCUGGCUCGGCUGGCGAUGUCUUUUUGUGUGCUUGUAGCCAGCCGGCCGUCCAGUUCACCUCGCAAUCGGCGGCCAACCCUGGCCGCCAGUUCAUGCGAUGCGCGACCAGGACCUGCGGCUUUUUCGUGUGGGCCGACAGCGACGCGCGACUCCCGUCGUUCGACACGCUUGGCAGCCGUCCCAACACGAAUUCCAGGUUCAAAAAGUGCGGCUGCAAUCGUGACGCAGUGUUGAAGACUGUCACGAAGGCAGACUCGGACAACCGAGGACGCCAGUUCUGGACGUGCGACAGCAAGAAGUGCGAUUACUUUGAAUGGGCAGAGGAGGGUGCAACAGCGUCCAGCUCGGCUUACAAUAGCAGCAACAACCGUUCUCGCAAUGCUGGCGGUGCUGGCGGAGGUGGCAGUGGUGGAAACAACUGCUACAAAUGCAAUCAGCCGGGGCAUUUUGCCAGCGCCUGCCCGAACGGAGCAUCCGCCCCGAGUCGCUUUUCUGGCGGAAAUGGUCCUUCGUCUUCGAGCACAUCGAGUGGGACCAAAACAAGCAAGCCGCGAGCUUGCUCAAUCUGCCGCAAGCCCGGCCAUACCAAGAAGACUUGCCCUAUGAACGGUGGCGGAGCAGGCGGCAAGUCCGACGAUUCUGGAGACGAUUAUUAAAAGUUGUAUCUGUCACGCGUUGAAGCUGCUGCUCCGCGACUGUCUGUUUCAUACUGCAUGGAGAAAAUCUGAAACGCUUUACAGACACAAAAUUCAAAAUACAGACAGCAUUCUCGCAUGCAAGCAACCCAA